ACACCCGUAGAGAACUAACCCCUCUUUACCCCCCCAAACCUCUAUCUCGUGCCCUAGCGGAGAACUCCCUUUUCACCGAUUAGGGUUUUUCACUGUCAGUUUUUUCGCGCGAAAAUGGAAUCUGAGGGGCAAAAAGGCUCAUUGAACCCAUCGGCAAUGCUCACUUCUCUACUCAGUAGGAGAGCCAAACUUCACGAGGAGCUUCGUAACAUUGAAAAGCAGGUCUAUGAUAUGGAGACAGGUUAUCUACAGGAUCCAAGCCAAUGCGGCAAUGUGUUGAAAGGUUUUGAAGGAUUCCUAUCUUCAUCUAAGAGCACUGCCCUCUUGAAGCGGUCCAGGAAGUUUCAGCCUGAAGAUAGGCUCUUUUCAUUAUCUUCAGUCACCUCACCAGCAGCGGAAGAGCUUACGGCUGGACGAGAUGAUGGGAGAUCAGAUUUUGGUCCUGGUCGAUCUAAGGGUGGAGCUAUAUACGCAAAUGGGCAAGGGAAACCAAAGAAGGGAAGACCUGGGCAAAGGGAUGCGAAGAGAUUUAAGUCUUCAGCCGACCCAGAUUUUGAUUAUGACGAUGAUCCUGAUGUGACAUUGUAAAUUUAAUUCAUCGGCCUUAUGUGCAAGCUUUGCAAGAUCUUGGAGAGCCAACAGCAGCCUGCUUGCCUUUUGAUCCUGUAAAUGGCAGAGAAGUUCUUAGGCAAAGAAAGCACGUUUUUGACCUUUUUAAUUAGUUCAUUAACAUUAUGUGAGACAUAAAAAUGUAAGAUGGUUGUUUUUGCAUAUAAUUUAAUGUUUAUAUCUUUUACCAUUUUCUUUUCA